UCUUGAUUUUUUUUUUUCCUUCCGACAGUACAGUACAGCACUAGCAAUGACCAAGAAGUUGCUUGGCGUCGGGAUUGUGACGCUGGACAUUAUCAACCACGUCGAGCACUACCCUGCCGAGGACGAGGCGCUGCGGGCCACGCGCUCCCGCCGAGCCCGCGGUGGCAACGCAGCCAACACGCUUGCCGUCCUUGGCGGCGUCCUCGGCGUCAAAACCUGCCUCGUCUCGACGCUCGCGCCCGGUCCCGACGCAAACUUUGUGCUGCACGACCUGCAUGCGUGCCAUGUCGACACAAGCCAUUGCCGAAUGUACCCCGGCUGCUCCCUGCCGACCUCGUACAUUACGCUGAAUGACGCGAACGGCAGCCGCACAAUUGUGCACUGGCGCGAUCUGCCCGAGCUCACUGCUGCCACGGACGUCGUCUCGCACAUCGAUCUCGACGACUACGACUGGGUGCACUUUGAAGGCCGCAACGUCGAACAGACUACCAUCAUGAUGGCUUGGAUUCACGCAUACAACGAGAAGCACAUCAACAAGCGCCCACCAAUCAAAAUCUCGCUCGAGGUCGAGCGCGCCAAGCUUGUCAACUACGAGUCCUUGUUGGUCUAUGCAGACGUGGUAUUCUUCUCAAAGGAGUUUGCCGAGUCGCGCGAGUGCUCGAGUGCUCUCGAGUUGCUCGAGCUGAUGCGGCUCAAGAACGAAAAGCGAUCUGCUCUCAUUUGCGGAUGGGGCGAGAAAGGUGCAUGCGCUCUCGAUGAGGCGGAUAAUGUGUUCAACUGCCCCGCAUUUGAACCUGUAAAGGUUGUGGACACGAUUGGCGCAGGCGACACGUUUGUUGCUGGUGUUAUUCAUGCAAUGCGCUCUGGCAAGCCAUUGGAUAAGGCGUUGCGGUUUGGCUGCCGACUGGCUGGCGCCAAAUGCGGGAUAGAAGGCUUCCGUAUUGAGCACUUUGACGCGUCGUUUGACGCGUGAUGAUCUGCGCAGUGAUUCACUUGUCAACUACGUCGUUGCGUUGGUUCGAGUGCCGCUGUUGUUGCUCGUCGAGUCGCACGCAUACCUUGUUACGUGAUUUUUUUGUGUGCUCUGUUUUUGUCGUUGUCACAGAAAAAACAAGACAAAACGAAAAAAAAAAAAAAUCAAAACAUCAAAAAUCAAAAAUGUAUUUAACAAAGCG